ACACACACACCAUCAGGUCCCACAUCCUGGUACUUUUCAGCGUUGUCAAGGCAGCCUCAGUGCACGGCUGGCUGGCGGAAAGUAGCUGCAGUGUCCUGGCGAAAUAUCUGUCCAAAAACGUUCCCAAAACUGUCCCGGAAAGUUAGGUGUAAACUAAAAGGACGCCUGCAUCUCGAUGUGAUAUCUGAAAAGUCCGGCAGCUGCUCAGCAGCAUCAUAUCGGAGGACAGCAUGGAGUUAAUAAUCAUGAGGAUUCUGGACUGAGGGGCUCAACGGAACCAGUGUGACGAACAAAGCGCCAACUAUUACUGUUGGAUGAGAACUGAUGGGCUGUCCAAGCUGGCGAUAGCAUGCCAAUUGCAAAGGGUAAAGGUGGUUCAGCGUCCCACCGCUACCGACCAGCCUCAGAGUACGAUGAUGCCACCCUCGCCCAAAAGAGAGAAUAUUGGAGAAACAAGAAGCGAGAGCAGCGGGCCCGUCUGUCGGAGCGGAGAGGAAAACCAGCCCUACAUAGCAGAGGGGAAAAGCUCCCACAUCUAAAUGCCCCUGCAGCGGUGCAUUCCAGUUUGUCGAGUUCCCUUGCUGCUUUGUCCUCUCCUGUGCAGACUAAUGAUGAGUCAUGCAGACCUGCAUCAGAGAGUGCAAAUAGAGUGGGGGACUGUUCACAUGAAGCCACUGAAAACCAAAAGGAGAAGUGGUUCCAGACAGUGUCACUCAACAAGGUCUUGCCUCCGUUGCCAGUUUCAUGCUCCAUUUCAGGAAAAGCUGCUGGGGGCAACACAGCCACAGCCAACCGCCCGACAGUGAAGGCUGCUGUGAGAGCCGUUACCUCAACCACAUCUAGUGGGACCCAGCUGAACACCAGCUCCUCAGUGCCUCUCAUCAGAGUGACCAGAAUUACCAAUGGCAGCUCCGCUAAAAUAGCACCUCAGCCAUGUGUGUCUAUGCAGGGCCCAUCAGUCCCCCGAACCCAACAUAAGGCACAAGCUGCAUUACCCAUUCAGCCUAAACGCUCAGCCACCAAUGUGACCACAGGUAUGAUUCUGGUGUCUUCUCCGUGCGUUCCUGUGUCCAUCAAAACAGAGCGCAAAACAACAAAUACUACACCUCACAGUGGAACAAAGAGUGCCUUGGUCGCCCUGCAGAGGACUAAAGGUGCUGGCAAUACACAACCGUCCUUGGAGUCUGAGGAGGAGAGAGCGGCCAAGCGCAGAGAACACUGGCGGAUCAAAAAGCGGGAGCAGAGAGCUAAGCUGGCAGCUCGGGUAGCUAAAGCCAGAGAGAGGGCGCACGGUGUGGAGAUGACGUUUCAGAGGCUCACAGCACAGAAAACAGGAACUGCAGUCAGCACAGGUCUUCUUCCACCUCAGUCUUUUUUGAAAGGAGCAGGCCAGAAGCAGGUCAGUAGAGUCAAAACAUCAUUUGUAUCUGCUAAAAGAGAGAAACUGCAAAGUGGGCCAGCAACUGUAGCUAUAACUAACCUGCAAGCAGAUCAGAUAAAAGUAGAAAAUACGGAUGUGAAUAAGAUGACGCAGGCAGCCAUCACAUCUGAUUUUACUUCUGCAAAAACAGCCUUGGCAUCACAGAGGAAGCUUCCAAGUUACGGACAUCUUUCUAAUGUCACCCGAGGGAUUGCACGAUGUAAAACGCCUAGACAAAGAUUCAUCGAAGCACAGAAGAGUUUCAUGAGUCAGAGAAGCCUAAGAUGUAAAUCCCCGUUGGUAGCUUCAAUGUUUGGUUCCAGAAGUAUGCCCAAAGUCGAUCCCAAUGACACACCUGAGCAGAUAAUAGCCAAACGGCGGGAGUACUGGCGAAUUAAAAAGCGUGAACAGCGAGCUAAGCUGUCGAUGGAGGUAAAGGCUCGGCUGAAGGAGAAAGACUCUCUGAUGAGAAGAGUUAAACGUUACCAGAAAAUCCUCGAGGACAUGAGGAAGGCCAGAGCGAUGACGCACUUGACAGGAAGCACCCUAACUCAUGCCUCUGAGACCAUUGGGGGGUUCAUCAAAGAGGACGGGACGCUGACCGUUAACAUCCUCCAAAGUCCUACAGAUCACAACACCGCAGAAGACAAAAGUGACGAAGACCUUCAUGUAGCUUUGAAGAAUACCCCACAGCAUCAACCUGAUACUAAGCAGAGAAGUGUUGCUCCAGUCAGGAUAAACCAACCCAACCCUCCACUUCGUCCACCUCAGGUGAAGGUGUCCGUCCCCCUCGCUGGACAGUCAGUCAACAAAUCUCCAAGACUGCUGUCAAUCAGACCACGCACUCAGUUAGAAAGCACAACUGUAGUCAACUCAGACAAGUUUACACCCCAAACUGUAGGUCAGCUCAAGCUUACUCAUCCACAAACCCCUCAAAAUGCCACUUCUGGAGGAUCGACAACGGGAUCGAACCUCGGUGGCUGUGUCAUGAAAAUGGCUGUCUCAACCAGUGUACCAUCGUUGUCAGCUCUGUCUGCCGAUCCAGAGCUGGGAGAAGAGGAGAAGAUGGCAAAGAAGAGGGAGUACUGGAGGAUUAAGAAACGUGAGCAGCGAGCAGCUCGUGCUGUACGAUUAAAACAGGGUGCCUUCCAAGCAAAGGCAAGUCCAGUCUUACAAAGAAAGAAAGCUCAGAAACAAGUAGCUGUGACCUCUAUGCCAUUGAACAGAAGUGUUACAAACUAUACAGGAAAUGUACAACCUCUCACCAACAACAUUGAGCCCGUUAUGCCACUUGCAAAUGAGAUAAAAAGGAGAGUGAGUCCAUGCCAGCAGUUGACCUAAAUUCUCAACCAGAACAAGCCAUCUGUCCAGAUAUCAAACCCCCAGCCUCCCCACCUCCACGUCCAGCGCCUCAGCCAGAGCCCGACCCAGCUCUGAGCGCAGACAGCCAAGCUGCCACUCUGCUAGCCGUGGCCUCUAUGAAGAAACUCCUGGAGGAAUCGCUCAGCACUGUGACGGACUGCAACAGGGAACAGACUGACAUUAAAAUGGAGACAACAGAAGAUGCUUCAGAGCUAGACAUGAAGCCAAAUUUACCUCAGAUUUUUUUCCAGAAAGAUGACAUAGCUCCUAUUGCUGCUAACUUGACAUUGCAAAUAAAAAGCUGGCAGCCAGAUAGUGAUGAGUUAGGACAAGCAGAUUCACCAAGCCCUCAGCUUAAGAGCUCAUCAGAAAUUAUUGAGACACCUCCACCUCUUUCUGCCUCCACUGAGGUCGUCCUGCCACCCACCUGUGAGCACUCAUCCCAGACCGCUUUGAACUUCAUAGUAAACCCAUCUGUGGAAGCAUCUUCUGACGGCCCGUCUUCCCCACGCAGAACCCAGAGACGCACCAAAAAAGUGGCCCAUCAAAACUGCUGCUCUCCAGAGCCUCCAAAGCUCCACCACGCCACAGCUACUUCUGUGGAUCAACUACAGCCACAACGGCAACACUGUGAACAACAGAUUCAGGCACAAGAACAAUGUCAGAACAACAGCUCACCAUCAAUCCAAAGGUACCGCAAUGUGGUGACAGAGCAGUGUGGCUUGACCAGCCUGCAGAAGAAGAGGGAGUACUGGAAGCUGAUGAAGAGGCAGCAGAGGGCCAGGCUGAGGGCCCGCCAGAAAGAGAGACACGGGGAGUGUAGCAGUCGGCUUUCUCAGAGAAACAUCCAGGCUCCGGGGCUUGUUGUUUUCAACGCCGCUAAGGCAAAACCAGCCCUCUGGCCCAAGCCGUCUACCACCUCUGUGGCUGCAGUGAACAGCAUCCCUACAGUCCUGGUUGUCAGCCAAACAACGAGCAAUGCUGACCAGACUCCUGACACGCUGCAGGUCAAACUUCCCGUCACCAGCAGAGCGCAGAACAACGUGAACACCGGACUUUCACAAAUCAUAUCCGACUGUGCAGGAGCUCCUGAAUCUCCACGACUUUCACAAGAGUGGACGCCUAGAGACACAGACGUGGACUCAACCCCAUCUCUCCCCACUCUGAAGCCCCCAGACAACCCACUGUCCAGCAUCAACCUCCAACCCAUCGAGCCUCUUGGUCACAGUCCAAAUCCCAAAGUCCGACGUCCAAUAAAUUUUCCUAACGCUCAAGUUCAGAGCCCCACGCAUGUUCUACUAUCCCCCACCAAGUUGACACCUACGAGCACUCUGGUUCCCCCGAAACAAAUGCCAGGUGAGUCGGACGAGGACUUCCUGAGGAGGAAGCGGGAGUACUGGAGGAUCAAAAAGAAGGAGCAAAGAGCUAGAAAGGCCAUUCGGGACAAGGGAAUUGCAGCACGGAAAGCCUCCAAUAGCUGGACGCCCAUCCUGCCUGCCCGACAACUACAGACACAGGAUUCUGGUCAGUGGGUGAACUCCUGUGAAGAGUCAGAACUGCAGAUGAGCACGUCAGUGGACACCGACACGGCAUCUUUUACAUACCCAGAUUACUCAGCACCUGUAGAAGAUGAGUCGGAGCUUCUUUUUGCUGACUAUGAGAUUAAUAAUGGUGAGGAAGGUCCAGUCUCAGACACUUUGUGGAGGAACCGCUACCUCAUGGACUACGACCCGCUCAACCAGCUGCUGGUGUGUAUGGUGUGUGGGGAGCUGCAGUACUCUCACAGCCUGGAGGGCGUGAGGGCCCACAUCGACGAAGCCCACCCACACACCCUGAGCCUAGAACCUGAGGAGAAGCAGGGAAUACUGGACGCCUGGGACGAGCAGGUGUCCCAGAGGGAGCGCUUCUUCACGAGCCAGCUGCAGCAGCACGGUGGAGCUCUGGCAGAAGCACACAGAGACUGAACAGCAGACGAGAUGAAACAUGGAAUCAGCUGAAGACCAUGGAGGCCGGGAGAGAAACCCCACACUUUUAUUUCUCUUAUUUAUUUAUUGAAUUUGUUUUAGCAGUUUGCUUACCUUCACAGAAGGUCACCUUUACAGAGAAUACUGUACUGGGAAAAUUCUGCCUGAAAGCAGCUUUACCUCAUUUCCUAUCAGGGCUAUAAUGUGGGUUCAUGAAAGGCAGUUUGGACACUUUUUAUUCUGAAGCUGCUUCAACUGACAUAUUGGGACAAUAUUUAUAAUAUUUAAACGAGAAGCCCAACACUCUGGGAAAUACAGUCUUUGUGCCUCACUUGGUGAAAUGCAUCCAAAAGCCAAUUCAUGGUUUCCAGAUGACUAAUAUUGACUUUGAAAGUAGACGGCAGACAGGGACACGCUUGUAUUCAUACUACAAUAGCUCCACAUCAGUCUCGUAAGCAGACAGCCCCAUUGGUCCUCAUAUCAAACGCAGAAAUACACAUGGGGAUGUUUCUAAAAUCUCACAGGUUUUAGGCUACGUUUGGACGUCCACAGAGGCAUGCAGGUGGAUUCUUGCAGACACACAGUUACUGAAAGCAUGACCUGGCCCUAACAGAUACAGGUAACUUCUGUUGAUUGGAAUUUCUUCAUCUAAAAACUUUGCUUCUUAGGAUUUUUCCAAAUAUCAGCAACUACUGGCACCCAGUAUUUUCUGCAGAAUCCAAUCUGAGAAAGGCUCUGAAACAGCAUUUUAAUCAUUAGGCAACAAAGCAACAGCAGUUCUUAGUCCUUUUUGACGUUUGUCUGGCGUCACUGGCUUUAAUUUGGUGAUGCCAUUGAGAGCGAGUAGAGCGGAAACAUAAACAGGAGGUCCUGGUGAGGGUUGCUUCUCAUUUUCCUUUGUGAUAAAACUUUUAAAACUUUUGUUUGUGGCCCGUGUAUGUAAAACAGUAAUGUGAAAACCUUGGAGAACAAAAGCCUUGUAUUUUCAGGUUUCAAGGUUUAAGCCCUUAAGCUUCAGUGUACCGCCGGCGGUACACCUACUCAUUUGCAUAGGAAUUUCAAGAAUGUCCGACGGCUGCAAACACGAUUAUACAAACACUAUACGCCGAUGGAAAGCUUAGAUUCUCAUGAAUCCGCCGGUAUAAACCACUUUCAGAUGCGAUUACCACAGCGGGUGAGAAAAACACAUUUGUCCGACAAAAACGAAUAUUCAUCCAUCCGUUCUCUAUACACGGCUUCAACGCACACAGCGCGACUCACAUUUCCGGGUUUAUUAUUACACACACAAAAAAAGAUUCCACAAAAAACGGCCAUAAUCCAACCUUUUACAUCCAGAUGACACAAACCAGGAAACUAUUUUGUCCAAAACAUGUCCUGAAGUCGGUAUAAAAUCCCCGAAUCGGUCCUUUUCAAGGAAAUGCACCUCGCGAUGCCCGUCCAAUAUUCCCUGUAUUUUUCGUAAUUUUUUUUAUUUAAAAAUAGAAUAUUAGCGAUUUUUUUUGUACUGAAAACGGCUGGAAUUGACUGAAGCUUGAAGGGUUAAAGUUAUUUAAAAAUUUGUACCUAAAUUUUAGAAUUUUUUGAGAUCUGUUCUAUACAGAACUCUCCAGGGUUAGGCAGUCAGAGAUGCUUAUGUGAAAAUACGUGUGGACUGUUUGUGUGUUUGUGAAUCAGCACUGAAAGUACAGUUCAUUGUCUGUUCCUUCACAAGCUGUGCCGUUCUGAUCCACUGCACUAGCAAGGACGGACGAUCUAGGGACCAGUGUAGCACAGAAAUGUUCAGUUUGGGCUUGUUUAUCACCCAAUACGCAUUUUUUAUCGUUCUGGAGGCCAUAAAACCUGCUGCUGUAUCAUAGGUAAAGUCUGGAAACUACACUACUGUUCGGCAGUUUGGGGUCACUUAGAAAUCACCUUAUUUAAAAAAAAGAAAAAAAAAGAAGCAAUUUUAACAUUAAAUUAACCAGAAAUCCAGUCUAGACAUUGUUAAUGUGGUAAAUGACUAUUCUAGCUGGAAAUUUUUAAUAGAAUAUCUCCAUAGGGGUACAGAGGAACAUUUCCAGCAACCAUCACUCCUGUGUUCUAAUGCUACAUUGUGUUAGCUAAUGGUGUUGAAAGGCUAAUUGAUGAUUAGAAAACCCUUGUGUAAUUAUGUGAGCACAUGAAUGAAAGUGUGAGUUAUCAUGAAAGAUGUGAAAUAGUCUGGGUGACCCCAAACUUUUAAACGCUAGUGUAUGUAAUUGAGUUACAGUGUGAGAGCUGCACAAGAAGAGAAAAGUCAUGAAACCUGUGAUCGGUGACUGAGUGAGCCAAGUCCAGUCUGUGACCAUUGUCAACAUUUAGCCACCAAACCUUCACAGCCCUAGUUGGUCACUCUUAUUUCCUGAGAGCUGCAUGUCCAGUUCUCAAAAAAAAAAUCCUAGAUAACCUUUCACAAACCAGCACUAACCCUGAUUGUGAAGCUUUUUACAGAAACGCUCCAAAUGCUGGUCUUUGAACCUUUCAGUUGAAGGAACAAUCCUAUCUGCUGCAUGCACACAAAAAAGAUUUCUCAGGUAGCAAAGCUUGCUCAUUUUGAGAGCAGUGCUGCCGGCGUUAGGCUGUGGCUCCCACUUCUGUACAGGUGGGAAGCAUUUAGCGUGAGGGGUUUUUGAUGAUGAUGAUUUUACCUUCGUUUCACUGGUGUACAAAUGUUUGGAAAUUGUCUGCUUCCAAGAUAAAAUUAGCUAAAUAUUACAUACUUUGAUAAGAUGAAUUAGAAAACAAAGUAAAACUGAUGAUCGGCUAAUGUUCCCAAGAUAUUUAAUGAGUUUUAUUAUGUAUAUACAUGUACAUAAAUCUUGCGUCUGAAGCACUGGGAAGGGUUAAACAAAAGAAAUCUCAUUACUUAUUAUGACUAAAUGCAUUAGGAAAAUACGAAAUGAAACAUCACGUAAAACAACAGUUGUUCAGUUUGUGUAUGGCGCUUGUUGACUUGUCUCUUGCACAUGAGACAGUUUGAUAAAACACACUCACAAAAGCUUCUACAUACGACUUAGAUCAGCGCUUGUCACGGCUUUAAUAUGUCAAAGAAUAUGUUCUAUGUUGCAGAAAUGUUUUGAGUCAGAGCGUGUAGCUUAGACACAUCUUCUUUAAUUAAUAAUCAUUCUCUCAUUGCUUCAUGUAGAAUUUCAAUAUUUGACUUAUUACUGCAUCUUCAUAACCUGAGCCUUCCAUCACUUUUGACUUAUUUUUUUUCUUUUUUAGUAGCUGAAAGUAGGUAAAGUUUAAUUACUUUUAUUCUGGAAGCAUUUUUCUUGUAGACCAGUGUCACUGAAAGCAAACGAUGGGGGAACUCAUAGCCUAGUGCUGGCAGUGCUGAGAGUGUGGAUUUGAACUGAGAGAAGUACAAAAUAUUCCAGCAUGUACUCGAAUGAACAAGACUGUGUUUCUUUCUCCUGAAUUAGAGGUUUUAUUAGAAAGGGGAGGACUGGGUUAUUUCUUCAUUCCAAUGUUACAGAGUCUGUCCAAGGCUAAUAAACAGCCAUUAGCCGCCGGUUUAGCACCUUCUUCAUCCAGAAAGACACAGUUUACUUACUGAGCGACCGGAGAGACCGAGGAAUAAUGCUCCAUCAUGGAGGAUGAAUAAACAGCACACACACACAGCCACUGCUAGAGGAUUUACAAUGCUUACUGUAAGUUAUACAGUAAAUGUAGAUGCAUCUCCCGCCCCAUUUACACCGCCAGCUAUAAGAAAAGACACCAGAAUCCGGCCCUUUCUGCUAUUUCUGAGUGGUUACAGUUACUAUCAGUGUGUUACGAGGUUUUUCCUGCACUACUUGCAGGUUUGCAUUCAGGUCUGAGACUGUUCUAGACCCUUGUUGGUUACGGGAUCAUUGCAUGGGUAUCUAGAACUGUUCCAAACGUUUUUCUAUGUGCUGUACUGCACCACAUUGUUCUUCAAGCCCUGAACCUUACAUACAGUAUAUUCCUCUAUGACAACUUUUUUAUACCGAGAAAACUUUUUUUAUGGAUUUUUCUCACCGCUGCACACAAUCUUCUGCAGUUCUUAUCAGCUUGACCAUGUGAUGUGAAAUCUUCAGCACUUGUAAAUACACAAAAUACUAAAGCAGUUGACAUGCCAAAUUUUACUUUUAACUGUGCAGUCGCACAGUUUUUGGAGCAGCUUUAUUUAUUAUUUAUUGAAUCUCCUCUUAUAUACCUGAUUAUUGACGAUGCGUUGUUCAUAUCCGUAGGUAGUUCCAUGUUAGAAGUAUUUCAUUUGUGAGUAUUGGGGGUCCAAAGGCUUUCCUGCAUGAGUAGUAAAUGGAUGAACAGUUGUAUAUCAGACAAGCAGAGCUCCUGAAUGCAUUCCCAUGUUUUUUUUGUAUAAUUUUCACUGAGUGAUAUGCUGAUUAAAAUGUUCUGUUUGAGCACAAAGCUGUGGGAGUGAAAACCCUGUGCAGCUGCAAAACAAGUGAAAAAGCUGAAAGUGACCAAGUUAUUUCACCUUUCAAGAAUGUAACUCUGACUGAUGACUUGUCUACCAGUUCUAAGGGAAUGUUUAAAUGCCUUUUCAGUAAUAAACCUUUUCUACCGUAA